AACCAGGAGGGUGCAGCCCAUACAAGGAUGCAGGCAGCAGUUGCUAGGACAGUGCUCUGGGACUGACAGAAUGCCACCACGUGUCCCUGCUCCCACAUUGUGACAUCACUGACCAUAUAAGCACCUCCCAGGCCUGGCAGAGUAGGGCACCAGGCCAGUUCCUUUUUACUGCGUGGGCUGCAAGUCCCCAGCCCCACGCAGUGCUGCUCACCAGCGGGGCAUCCCUGGAGCUCUCCGGGACUCCAGACACUCUCAUCCCACCAGGCUGCACCAUGUUCCUCUUCUCCAGAAAACUCAAGACCCCUGUCAGCACUUACACCGACUCCUACCGCCCACCAUGCUCUGUCAGGAAGCCCAUCAAGGAGUGCGUGCAGCCGCUCUGGAGAGAAAACAAGUUUGUGACAGAGGGAUUAACAGUGCCCCCAGUGGAAAAUCCAUCGAGCCAAAGUCAACUCGAGCAGCUGAGACAGGCAGCAGCACAAGCCUACUACAGGAACCUCACUGACCCCACUGCCUACAGGCCCGAGAAGUACUGGUUGGACAGGUCUGAAGAGAAGUACAACCCAAUUUUUAUCAAGGAGGACAAAUAUGCCACCUGGAGAACAGGCUCCUACAACAGUGCUGCCUGGAAUAAGUACUCCUCUUAUCUCCCACUCCUGCCCAAGGAGACAAGGAUGGAAACUUCCCUGCACAGCAUACCUGUGCCAUGCACCCUGAGACCCAGCUACCUCAGUCGAUCCGACAGGGAGGUGGUCAACAACAUGCUGCACAGAGUGCCUGUGUACCUUGUGAUGGGAAGGGGAUCUUCACAAGGAUACUACAGCCCCUGCUCUGGGCGCCACUACUGCCUGCGAGGGUUGGACUACUACGUUGAUGGGACCUCUGCCACCCGAAGGCAUCUCUACAGACAAGGAGAGGGGGCUGUAAGGAGUAUUCCGUGCUGCAGCUACAGCCCCAGAGCAACACUGCGUGCCUCUACACAUCACCACCAGCCAUACUCCCCGAACUCUACCUCUCCUAGGUGGAAUACAUCCCACUUCAUGAAGAUAGGAGGAGUCCAGAGAGGCAGCUAUGUGAUCCACCCUGAGUUUGCCUCAGAGGCCUUUUCUGCCCCAGGUCGCCAUUGA